AUGACAACUGAGGACAGAGAGAUGCUGGAAGCCCGGGGAGCCGGAGAAAGCUGCCCCACCUUCCCCAAGGUGGUGUCUGGUGACCCCAUUGCUGAAGGGAAGUCCAAGGCUUCUUUGCCCACUCCUACCCAGGAAGCAGCGUCCUCGAAGCCAGAAUCCCCCACCAGUGACCCUGUGGAGGAGAUGGACACUUGCGAAGACGGGGGUUGCCAAGGGGCAAUGAAGGCACUGCCCCUCAAGACGGGCCCCACCACCAAGGGCCAGGCGGGUGACGGGCCCCCACUGGCCGAGCCAACCCUCGAUCUGGGGAGCAGGCGCGACGUGGAGGUAGAGCUGGAGAAGGUGCGCAUGGAGUUCGAGCUCACGCGGCUCAAGUACCUGCACGAGGAGAACCAGCGGCAGCGGCAGCACGAGGAGGUGAUGGAGCAGCUGCAGCAGCAGGCAGCGCCACGCCUGUUUUCGGGAGGACUCCAGGACCUCCUGCUCCCACAGAACCAGUUUGCCAUGUUCCUGUACUGCUUCAUCUUUAUACACAUAAUCUACGUCACCAAGGAGAUGGUCGUCUUUCUCUUCUCCAAGCACUACCUCUUCUGCAUUGCUGCCAUUUUGCUCUGUUUGAUUAAAACUUUGUGGCCAUACUUCCAAGUGCUGUGA